CAUGGCCACCACCUCAGUCCCAUACAACACUGGUGGCAUGGUGGUAGUCACCCAUGUGUACCCCCAGCAAGGUGCCCAGGGCAAUGGCUUACCCCAUGUGUACCCCCAACAAGGUGCUCAGGGCAAUGGCUUACCCCAGACUGGAGUUGCUGCUCCAGCACCCACCUCUGGGCUUCACAAGUUCCUGAAAGGGGAACCGUCUAUCCUAGGCACUGUCCAGAUAAUGAUAGGAAUUGUAAUAUUCCUGUUUGGUAUUGUUGGUGCAUUUCAUCCAACUCUGUCCAUUUACAGCGGGAUCCCCUUCUGGGGAGCCAUAAUUUACAUCACAGCUGGUUCUCUCACAGUGAGGGCUUACAAGCAACUUGGCAGUUGUAUGGUCAAAGCAUCCCUGGGGAUGAGCAUCGUCAGCUCCAUAACGGCAGGUGUGGGAAUCAUUCUCCACUGCCUUGACUUCAUUGUCCCAACCUACUACUUCUAUUACUGUGACUACGCGGACUCUUAUAACUGUCGUUACGGCAACGUAGCACUGCGGAGCAGACUGUGGGGAACGGUUGGCGUGAUGCUGGUGCUGUCAAUACUGCAGUUCAUCGUCUCCAUCUGCGUGUCGGCCUUUGGCUGCAAAGCCACCUGCUCAGGUGAAACUCAGCCAGUCAUAUACGCAAACCAGAUCCCCGCCUCUCUUCUGACCGCCCCACUGCCUACUGCUCCACACAACACAUCUGAGUUGGCACAUCUGCCACCCAGCAUGCUGGCGCCUGCUCAUCACGGCAAUGCUGAGACUGCCCCCACUGGCCAAUUUGGAGAACUGCCGCCUAAAUACAGCCCUGCCGUGGAGGAUACCUCUGCUCUAUGUGGAUGAAUACAUAUGCUCUUCUCGCCAAUAUUACGGAUGAAUAGGCCUUCAUAGCACUUCUUGCCAAUAGGAUGAAUAGGCCUACGCAUGGCUCCUCUUGCCAAAAUUAGGCAUGAAUAGGCCUACAUACAUACAGCACUUUUCGCCAAUUGGAUAAAUAGACCUACAGACAGCACUUGUUGCCAAUAUUAGGGAUUGAUAGGCCUACAAACCGCAUCUCUUGCCAAUAGGACGAAUAGACCUACAGACAGCUCUUCUUGCCAAUAGGACGAAUAGGUCUACAUACUGCACUUCUUGCUAUUGCCAACCGUACCCUGACCCUUUUUUCAUUAACUGCUUUGUUUCCAAGGUCAGAAGAAAAGUAAAAUGCUUGUACGUUUUGGCUACAUUGUCUUUGCAGCCUUUUUUUGUCGGUCCACUUUUUGGUCUAUUAACAGCACAAUGGUCUGAAUUUGGUUUUCUUAAAGGGGACAGUAUGUGAAAGUUGUGUGUACGUUUUUCAACGCUUGUUUUCAUUUGUUAAGUGUUUUUAUGCUGUACCGGUCACUGUGUCCAGAUAUUCAGGUUAUUUUGAUGAUGUAUAUUCAAAGUCAUACAUUAUAAAAAGAAGUUAGAGUUUAUGUUAUAUGAUUAUCAUGCACAAUUGCUGUACAAGCUAUAUGCUUACACACACGAUUUUACCUUCAAGUUUGUGCAAUUAAUGUGGCUUCAAAUUAUUUCUUAAAACAAAAGUCUGGCACAGUCAGGUUUGAUGUCCAUUUAA